AUGGAUCGCAUCUCAAUGAAUGCCUUUCAGCAAGAGGCGCCUCACUUCGGUCACUGUGCUUCAGCUUCAAGGGAAUUUAAGGAUGGGAAUGGAAGUUACUGGUUCUUUUUCACUACCAAGCCUAGCGGCGACCUUGUCACUGAGGAUGGUUAUUGGAGUCCUAUCAUGGAUGCAGAAAUAACCGAUGGCGCUAAAGUAGUUGGUUUCAAGCGUCAUCUUGUUUUUUACCAAGGAAAAAUGUCUUCAGGGACUCAAACUCUCUGGAAUGCACAUGAAUAUAGAGUGAAUCCCAGAAUAUUUACAGCUGUUGAACUCAAUGACGGCGUAAAAAAUAAGAUAUCAAAUCUGGUAGUAUGCAAGAUUUUCCAUAUGGAAGAUGAUCCAGUUACUGAUUCUGAUGGAGAGAUUUAGGAUGACUAAUCACAAGAGGAGGAGGAAGCUGCUGAUUCGAGUAACAAACGGACCAAAAGAGAAUGAUGAAGCUACCUCAUGCAUUAACCGUUGGAGUCACCAUUGGCCUAAUCAGAACUUUUCGAGAGGAUAUGGGAAAGUAGCUAAAAUUGUAGUAUUAGCUUUUCAGGUAUCAAACUCUAAAGGAACGCUGUACCGAUUUUAUUGCAAUAACUCUGUUAAGUCUGUAUACAGAAUGGAGUACUUAAAUGUAUAAUCAAUAAUGUAAUGUUCUAUGGAUUCAUUUGAUGCUAGCAUUAUA